CGCCCCCUCACAGUGCCACGGCACGCCCCGCACCACCCCGCGCCGCUCAGCUGCUGCGCCCUCCCUCGCUCCGAAGUCCUGCGCGGCGGGGACGUGGUGGUGGAUGUCAUGGUGCGUUCGCUCAACUCCAUCGUGGCUGUGUGCCAGAACAUGGGCAUCGGGAAGGACGGCAGCCUGCCCUGGCCGCCGCUGAGGAAUGAGUACAAGUACUUCCAGAGAAUGACUAGCACAUCCCACGUAGAAGGUAAACAGAAUGCCCUGAUAAUGGGUAAAAAAACCUGGUUCUCCAUUCCUGAGAAGAACCGUCCUUUAAAAGACAGAAUUAAUAUAGUGCUCAGCAGGGAGCUCAAGGAAACCCCAAAAGGAGCACAUUAUCUUUCCAAAAGCCUGGAUGAUGCUUUAGCUCUUUUGGAUUCACCAGAGUUAAAAAGUAAAGUAGACAUGGUUUGGAUCGUCGGAGGCACUUCAGUUUACAAGGCAGCAAUGGAGAAGCCAAUUAAUCAUCGAUUGUUUGUGACAAGAAUUUUGCAGGAAUUUGAAAGUGACACAUUUUUUCCAGAAAUUGAUUACAAAGACUACAAACUUAUCACUGAAUACCCAGGUGUCCCUGCUGAUAUCCAAGAAGAGAAUGGCAUCCAGUACAAAUUUGAGGUGUAUGAAAAAGCUGUCUUGGCACAAUAAAUUAGGCCUUCUGUACUUCUGUGUACAGAAGUACACAGGCAUUUUAAAUCGUGAAGACUUAUUGAUUGCGAAAAUAUAUUAAACCAUUGAGAGAAAAUCAUGCUUGAUAGUAUAAUACCUCAGUAGUGAACGAUUCCAAAAAACAUGCCCCACACUCUGAAUAUACACCCUGCAGUGGAAACACAAAGGUGGUCAGCAGCGUGAAAGAUGUAGCUCAAAGGAAUACGACAACUAAGGUGAUGUGAGACCUUGCAUCAAUCUUUACAAUCUGUGACAGCAUCCCUAACAAUUCCAUGAGGAAUGAAAGGCAGGAGACUGCAUCAGAACCUUUCUACCUAACCAAAGGUUUUGAGUAUCUCCUAAUUCAAACCAUACAACCUUAAGAAAGUAUCAGAACUCCAAAGUUUAACUGGGGUGGUAUAUACAUUUACAACAAUCUUUAAAACAUACUGGCGUAGAGAAAAAGGUUUGAAAGCGUAACAAGAGAAAUGGAGUCUGGAAGUCUCAGGCAGUAGUUGAGGGACACGCUGAUCCCUCGUGAAGGUCCUCUGUUGUCUUAACCAUUCUAGGUACACAGCCUACUUCAAGCCUUUGGGCUGAAAACAGGCUUACAAAUCAAUCUCAUAAAGAAGUUUUAACAUUUCCAUUAACUUCACACCUGUGUAAAGGCUUGCUGCUCUUAUCAAAAGUUGCUAUGUCAGUUUGACCGUGGCCACUUUGCAGUAUAAGAAAAUAAAUGUUGCAUUCUUAACAGGAUCUGUGUUCUUACAUCCCUUCUAAAUGACGUCAGUGCAGACGCAGAGUGUUAAUUUGUUGGUGUGAUUUUGAAUAUUCUGUGUCAUGUACAAAUAUGGAUUAGAAGCAGAUAGUGGGGUCCUCUUUCCUCUUUCAUUAAACAUAGUAUAAUAAUGUUUUGCAUUGCUGUUCCCUAAAAGUAGUGAGCAAUACACUGGUACGGUAGUAACACUAUGAUUGUAAUGGCCCAGAAUGCCAAGUGUUAAACAAAGUUUAUUAUUGCCAAUAUUAUCACAACAUUGUCAGUAAUAUUAGCCUGGCUUGUCAGACGGCAGAGGACUCCAUAUACAAAGUGUCAUGGAGAGGAGCUGGGAUGUAGCAUGCCCAUCUAUGCUUCCUUGUGCUGCAGCUGCCACCCUGAGGGUGAUAGCCUGCAAGGAGGGAGCCCUGCCUCACUGCAGAUCAGCCUGAGACCAGAAGAAGGGGAAAAAAAGGGUUUUUUAAAAAAAAAAAAAAAAAACAAAAAACAACAAACUCAAAAUUCAGCUGACUGUUCCCCAAAGCACUUUAAAAACAUUGUCUUAUGAAGCAGUAUUGUGGGAGAUUCAAUAAUGUUUGUCCUUUAACGUCAUACUGAGACCCAGUUCUAACAUCAGGGAGGGUGGCACUGGCCGUCGGCAGGCUUUACACAGGUUUUACCUGUAACACCGUCUGGUUUUCUAAGACUAAACCUUGAUUUUGCUUGCCUUUGAAAAACCAAACCUCUUUGAUGAGAGAAGACCACUUAGAAUACCAGAUGUGAACACCUCUUGAAUUUUCCAUCUCAAUUUACAACUGUUGACUGAGAAAAAAGAUAGUUUUUGCAGCAUCUGUUUUGAGUUGUCUCAGUUUUCUGUUUCUUUUGCAUUCUUAAAGAUGUAAGUACUUCCUGUGUUGAUCUUCUUGCCCCAUGUGUGCUGACUGUACAUCAGUCGAUAAAGAUUAAAAUAACAAAGUUAUAUGCUUGCGUAACACAGCAAAAAGUCUCCUGAGUUUUAAUUUGCCAACACAUUGUGAAAGGGAAGGAAAAAGACUUGUUACCAGGGGGAUAUUUUUUUUUUUUAAUAUAAGUCACAGUGACCCUGGCAAGUGAAAAUAACCUCCCAAAAGCAUUUAAUAUGUACCAGUUAGUAUCAAAAAAGCAGGUCACUGUUGAAAGCUUUGCACAGCUUUCAAAGUCUGCAAAGUACUGUGUUUAUGGCAACUGACGUCUAUUAAAAGUGGAAGCAAAGACUUCAUGCCAUGUUAGCUUACAGGGUGAUACUGAUGUGAACAUACGUUAGAAUGAUUUCUGCCUAAUCAUGCUUUGCAGGAGAUAUGGUUCACUGAGGCCAAAAUGUUCUGUAGAACCACUUUGGUUGCAAAGAACUUUAGCUUGGAUGCAAACAAGCCUACUGGGAACAUAAAUAGUUACUUUGACUCUUUGUGGGUUGACUUAGUCCUCUCCAGAUUUAAAUAUGUUCAUUUGUCAAAUUGUACAACAAAUUAAGUCAAUUUAUGAUUUGUGGAAACAAGAACUUUUGAAAUAACACAGCAGUUCCCUGCUUAAAACUUUUCAGAACAUAUUAAUGAUGCACUUUCUUCAAUAUGCCACUCUGCCAAAAAGAUGCAUUUUUGGUUUUUUUUUUUGUUUUAAUAAAAGCACAGUAUUUGGACAGCA